AUGAAUCUAGCUAAUAAAUUUCAACACGCAGCUCAAGUUCCUGGGCAAUCAACAAUUCAAAGUCAACAAUUUUUUCUAAAUAAAAUUCAUCAAGAUCAACAACAACAACAACAACAACAAAAUCAACAUCAAACAAAUCAACAACAACUGCAACCAUCUGCUAAUUUAUUGUAUGGGAACAAUUAUCAACAACAACAACAACAACAACAACCAUCAUUACAACAAAGUCAACAACAACAACAACAGCAACAAUUUUUCCCACAAUUUAAUGCCAACCCCCAACAACCAAAUCAACAAGUACCUAGAUUACCACAUUUACAGCAAAAUUAUUCACAGGCAGCAGCAGCAGCAGCAGCAGUACUUCAACGUCAACAACAACAAGCUCAAGUACAACAAGUACAACAUCAACAACAAGUUUUAAAUCAACUAUCAUUAAAUGUAGAAAAUCCAAAUUCAAAAUAUUGGCAACAUCAACAACAAUUGUGUCAAAUAUCAAGAAGUUCAAAUAUACCACAUUAUUAUGCUAGGCAAUAUGCGUCAAAUUCAAGAAAGUUGAAAAACCCUUAUAGUGAAGUUAAAUCGGUUGGAUUAGUUGAAGCAACCAAAACUAUAGUUACAAGUUUAGAAGAAGAAGAAGAACAAAGGAAGAAAGCAAAUUUGAUAAGUAAUGGAAGUACACCAACUACUAGUUCUGCAUUAUUGCAUAAUAAAAAGACAACUCAAGAUAUUGAUGAUGAUAUAAUGGAAGAACAAAGAAUGAGAUUGAAAACAAAAGGUAAACAAUUAUGGUGUCAAUUAGAUUUAAGUGGUCAAGGCUUAGUUAAUAUAUCUCCAAAAUUAUUUCAUUAUGAUUUUUUGGAGUCAUUAUAUUUGAAUAAUAAUAAAUUGGCGAUUCUACCAUCAACUAUUAAUAAAUUAAGAAGUUUAAGGACAUUAGAUUUAUCACAUAAUAGAUUAUCUGAAUUACCAUCACAGUUAGGUUUAUGUUUUAAUUUAAGAUAUUUAUACUUAUUUGAUAAUAAUAUUAAAACUUUACCAAAUUCAUUUGGUAAUUUAAUUGAGUUAUUAUUUCUUGGUGUUGAAGGAAAUCCAUUAGAUUUGAAUAUAGCAAAUUUAAUAUCUGAGGAAGGUACUAAGAAAUUAAUUGCAACUUUGAGAGAUCAAAAAGUUUCCACAAUUUUACCAAAACCAAGACCUUGGUUAAUUUUAGAAGAUGAUGGUGAACUUGUAGAUUCAAAUGAGACAUUUAGACCAGAAACUGAAUCCAGUGAGGAAUUUACUAUAUUAUCUUAUAAUACCUUAUGUCAACAUUAUGCAACAGCAAAAAUGUAUAAAUUUACUCCUUCAUGGGCUUUAGAUUGGGAAUAUAGAAGAAAUGCAUUGGAAAAAGAAAUAUUAAGUUACAAUACUGAAAUUAUAUGUAUGCAAGAAGUUGAAACUAAAACUUUUUAUGAAUUUUGGACUCCUUUAUUAAGUCAACAUAGUUAUAAAGGAUUAUUUUUUAAUAAAACAAGAUCCAAAACAAUGAAGGAAGAAGAUUCUAAAAAAGUUGAUGGAUGUGCUAUUUUUUAUAAAAUUGAUAAAUUCUCAUUAAUUCAUAAACAAAAUUUCGAAUUCAAUAGUGUUUGUAUGGGACUGGAUAAAUAUAAAAAGACAAAGGAUUUAUUUAAUAGAUUUAUGAAUAAAGAUAAUAUUGCAUUAAUUUCAUAUUUACAACAUAAAGAAUCUAAUGAAAAGAUUUGUAUUGUAAAUACUCAUUUACAUUGGGAUCCAGCUUUUAAUGAUGUUAAGACUUUACAAGUUGGUAUAUUAUUAGAAGAAUUGCAAGGAAUAUUGAAAAAAUAUCAACAUACAAACUCAAUGGAAGAAAUCAAGAAUGCUUCGGUUAUAAUUUGUGGUGAUUUCAAUUCAGUUAAAUCAAGUGCUGUUUAUCAAUUAUUUUCAACAGGGUCAUCAUCAAAACAUGAAGAUAUGAAAGAUAGAGAUUAUGGAAAAUUUACAGAAGAAGGUUUCCAUCAUCCAUUUAAAUUAAAAUCAGCUUAUGAACCUGUCGGUGAAUUACCUUUUACUAAUUUAUCACCUGCUUUUACUGAUAAUAUUGAUUAUAUAUGGUAUUCAACUCCAACUUUACAAAUUAAAGGUUUAUUAGGUAGAGUAGAUGAAGAAUAUUCCAAAAAUUGUAUUGGAUUUCCUGAUGCUAAUUUCCCAUCUGAUCAUAUACCAAUUUUAGCAAAAUUUCAAUUAAAAAAAAAUAAUAAUAGAAAAUUACCAGACUUUAAGCCAGAUUUUAAAACUGGUUCAUCAAGAAAAACAUAA